AUGGAUAAUAGAUUCAUUAUAGCGGCUUUGGGAGCUGGUAUUGGUGCAGCUGCCACUUAUAUCACUUCAAAGGUUAGCAAUACACCAGUCAAAAAGAGAAAGAAGACGUCGGACGGUGACGAAGGUAUCAGUGAAGAGGAAGUGAACAAGAUGCAUCUUGAUAGCGAUGAUAUACAACCAAUCGAUACUACCAAUAUGUGGACACAACCAUCUGCUGCACCUUCAUCUUCAUCGUCAGUAUCGACCGCUGACCCAUUUGCAAAAGACAAGACAAACAUAGACACGAUGCAACAAGAGCAGAUAUUUGACGAACAAAUGAAUAGAACCAUGUUGUAUUAUGGAGAAGAGAACUUUAAAAAGAUUCGUGGUGCAUUUAUCAUUGUUGUGGGUCUCGGUGGUGUUGGAGGAGCUGCAGCACACGUGCUACUGCGUUCGGGUGUCAAAAAGAUCCGUUUGAUUGAUCCAGACCUCGUCACUAUCUCUUCGCUCAACCGUAACGUGUUGGCACAGCGAAAGGAUGUCGGUCGCAGCAAGGUGGAGAUGAUGAAGAGUUACUUUGCGGCUAUAUGUCCCGAGGUCGAGGUGGAGGCGUUCCAGACGUUCUUUACGGGCGACUUGGCACCACAAUUGCUCGGUGGCAAACCCGACUAUGUCCUCGACUGCAUCGACAACACCGAGACCAAGGUGCAGCUGCUCACAUACUGCCACCAAAACGGUCUGCCCGUCAUGUCGUCGUUUGGCGCUGGUUCGUCGAGCGACCCUACCAAGAUUAAUAUAUGCGAUUUGGCUUUCACGUUUGGGUGUCCAUUUGGAAAGGAGGUGCGUCGUUUGUUGCGUGUCAAUGGUAUCACCUCGGGCAUCCCAUGCGUCUACUCAACCGAGACACACCGCAAAAAGCUGAUUCCUCUGACAGAGGAGGAAAAGGAGUUGCUCAAGACACAAGUAAAGUCGACACUACGUGUACGCACGUUGGGCGUGUCGAUGCCCAUCCCAACCAUCUUUGGCUCGACAAUGGGUAACGCAUGUCUAAACGCACUCGUCGGCCUGCCACUAGUACUCGAAGAGGAAAAGAGAGCACCACCUGCAAUGGGCGAGUACAACAAGAUGCUCAAAGUUAUCACCAAGAUGGAACAAGUCGUCUUCCACACUUCACCAUUGCUCGUCAGAAAAAUGAUUGAUUCCACUACACUCCGAUAUCUCGUCGACGAGGUCUAUGGCGGAUGCAGUGGCGUGUCGGGAGAAAACAAGCAGACACUCACCACUAGAAGAUGGAGACCAGAGCUGCCAUUGGCACCCAGCAAUAUUGUAGUAUUAACGUGUAAAGAGGCAGAGGCACACGAACGCCAAACAUCACCCGUCCAAGAGAGAUACUCGGCCGAGGUUGUCGCCAAGAUUGACCAAAUCCUCUCCCAAGUCGCCGAUGUCAGUCCAAGUGCCGGUAGCAUAAACAACUUGGAUCAAGCAUCCAUGAAAGAAACCAACAAAAAAAUAGAUCAAGCCAAUCAACAAAGAGGCCAAGAAAGAAGAAAAAAUAGUAGAACCGAUAAUCUUGUUAAAAAAGGAACAGAAAAAGAUAGUAUUGAAGAAAAUGGAAAUAAUAAUAAUAAUAAUGAAACAAUCAUUGAAACAACUUCAACAUCUUCAAAUUCCAACACUCAAGAAGAAAAUUAA